GUGGAAACACUGAUGUGGUUCGGCGAUUCGUUACAAAGUUGAAAAGUGAGGAGUUGCCAAGAAAACGCAAUCCUCUUCUUUUCUUGGUUCGUGCAUGAAAACCUGUGAUCGUGGUCAGGGUGGAACUGCAAGAAGCUAGAACCCGCCCCUGCGACCUCACUGAUCGAUUCGGUGGCUUAGCAUCCAUUCAUCAUGAACUCGGAGGCGGCCGCUCAAUUGAUCCAAGUCUUGGAGAAGACCGUUUCGUCAGAUCAAAAUGAACUGACGGCGGCCUUGAAUUUCUUGGAGCAAGCGGCGGUCAACAAUUUGCCGGAAUUGCUGAAGACGCUGUCGGACAUCUUGGUACAUGGCGGGAAUUCGGCCGUGGCUCGGCGACAAGCCGGCCUCCAACUCAAGAAUCGGCUCACUUCCAAUGAUGACACGGUACGUGGUCAGGUCCAGGAGCGAUGGCUGGCCAUGCCCCUCGAUAUCCGCACCUACGUCAAGCACAACAUCCUGGGCGCCUUGGGCUCCGAAGGCUACCGCCCAUCGGCCGCCGCCCAAUGCGUGCAGUACGUGGCCGUUAUGGAGUUGCCGCUCAACCAUUGGCCCGAGUUGCUCCAAGUGCUCGUGACCAAUGUGACCGAUCCCUCGAGUACGGAGAUGCGUAAAGAGGCCACGCUGGAAGCCAUCGGGUACAUUUGCCAAGAUAUCGAGCAACGAUGUCUGGAAGAGAAAUCCAACGAGAUCCUCACGGCCAUCGUGUUCGGAAUGAAACGCGAAGAGCCCAGUAAUCACGUUCGAUUGGCCGCCACCAACGCCCUCCUCAACUCGCUCGAAUUCACGCGCGGCAAUUUCGAGAAAGAGACCGAGCGCCAUUUUAUCAUGCAAGUGGUGUGUGAGGCCACGCAAGCCACCGAUAUUCAAGUCAAGGUGGCGGCCUUGCAGUGUCUGGUCAAGAUCAUGUCCUUGUACUAUCAAUUCAUGGAAGCCUACAUGGGUCCGGCGCUUUUCGCCAUCACGCUGGAAGCCAUGAAAUCGCAGGAUGAUGAAGUGGCGUUGCAAGGAAUCGAGUUCUGGUCCAAUGUUUGCGAUGAAGAGGUUGAUUUGGAAAUGGAAGCGAGCGAGGCUGAAGAGCAGAGCCGACCCCCUGAGCAAGUAUCCCGGUUUUAUGCCAAAGGCGCGCUUCAGUAUAUCGUGCCCAUCUUGGUUCAUACGUUGACUAAACAGGAAGAAUUUGACGACGACGAUGAUUGGAACCCGUGCAAGGCAGCCGGAGUGUGUUUAAUGCUGUUGGCCACUUGCUGUCAAGACGAUGUGGUUCAACAUGUACUACCUUUUGUGAAAGACAAUAUCAAGCAUUCCGAUUGGCGCUUCCGGGAUGCGGCGCUCAUGGCGUUCGGAUCCAUUCUGGAAGGACCGGAUCCCACCAAUAUGAAGCCCAUCGUUGAGCAAGCAAUGCCUAUGCUGAUCGAGCUCAUGCUGGAUCAAAGUGUGGUGGUCAAAGACACGGCGGCUUGGACCAUUGGCCGCGUGUGCGAACUUCAUUCGGAAGCCGCCAUCAAUGCCGUCUACUUGAAACCUUUGCUCGAGGCUCUGGUCAAUGGACUUUCGGCCGAGCCGCGGGUGGCUUCCAAUGUUUGUUGGGCAUUCACGUCCUUAGCCGAGGCUGCCUACGAGGCCGUGGACAACGACGAGGAGGACACGCCUCAAACAUAUAGUCUUUCGGCUUAUUUCGAUCCCAUUGUGCAGAAACUCUUGGAGACCACAGACCGAGCCGAUGCGUCGCAGUCCAACCUUAGAUCAGCGGCUUAUGAGGCUCUCAUGGAGAUGAUCAAGAACUCGCCCAAGGAUUGCUAUGUGACCGUUCAAAAGACUAUCAUGAUCAUCAUGGACCGUCUGCAGCAAGUGCUGCAAAUGGAAUCGCGAAUUCAGUCCCAGUCCGACCGAGUCCAGUACAACGAUCUCCAUUCACUCCUGUGUGCCACAUUACAAAGUGUCUUACGCAAAGUGGAGUCCGCCCACGCUCCACAGAUUUCCGAUCCUAUUAUGACUGCUCUUUUACAAAUGUUUCAAUCCUCGGUCAAUAACAAAACGGGCGGAGUUCAAGAGGAUGCUCUCAUGGCCGUGAGCACUCUCGUUGAGGUUCUCGGAGAUGUGUUCUCCAAGUACAUGGAUGCCUUCAAACCGUACCUCAUGGUUGGUCUCAAGAACAUUGCCGAAUACCAGGUGUGUCACGCCUCGGUGGGAUUAGUGGGGGACUUGUGUCGAGCUUUGGGGAAAGGCAUCAUGCCCUACUGUGACGAGAUUAUGAUGAUCCUGUUGGAAAACUUGCGCAACAACGACGUUCACCGCGUGGUUAAGCCUCAGAUCCUCUCUGUGUUUGGCGAUAUUGCCUUGGCCAUCGGCCCCGAGUUCAAGAAGUAUUUGGAAGUCGUCUUACACGCACUCAUGGAGGCUUCCCAAGCCCAGGUGGACAGGAGCGACUUUGAUAUGGUCGAUUACCUGAACGAAUUGCGCGAGGCUUGUCUGGAAUCAUACACGGGGAUUGUUCAGGGGCUAAAGGGUGAUACCAAUUCCUCCAAUCCGGCUCCAGAACUUGCUCUCAUCCAACCUCACGUGAACUUCAUGAUCACUUUCAUCACUAUGAUUGCCAUGGACCAGGAUCAUUCCGACGGAAGUGUAGCAGCUAGCGCAGGACUCAUCGGUGAUCUCUGUAGUGCUUUUGGGGCUAACUUGUUGAGUAUACUCGAUGUUGAACCCAUUAGCAAUCUUCUCACCCAAGGCGGGAACGUGACGCAAGAUCAACCAGUCAUCGCCCCCUGGUCCACACCCCACGUUCAGAUCCAACCUUGAUACCCCUUCGACUUUGAGCUGAAAUCUAUUUUAGAGGUCGUGGUUCGUCCGUAUCCACUGGUUUGGUCGAUCAAUCUGUCCCCGCUUCUCCGGAAGCUAAAAAAAUCCUUCGCUGACCUUCAUCAGUAAAAAUGAGCCCUAAGUAAUUAUGAAGCUUAUUUUAUGACUCUGAGGCUGGUCUGAAAAAUCGUUUAGUAAGUGAAUGAGCCUGUCUUCUCGUCAAGGAUGACCGACACUCAUUGUGUGAAUGAAUGAUGAAUAAACGUGUGCCGACUUUGUA